GAAGCAGACCGAGAGUAAAGUUACCGGAGCGGGAGAGAUCGAGAUCUGCGCCGGCGGCGAGCGGGGGAACUCGGGAAGAGCGGGGUUGGCGAUCAGAUCUAGAAACGCGAGGAAGAAUGAUGAUCGAAUGCAAAAACCUAGAGGAAUAGCUUGGAUUUGCGGACGGAAAUCACAUAAAUCAAAGCAAAGCAAAAGAGAAGAAGAGGCAGAGCGGGGGCGCUAAAAGGCAAAUGUGUGCAUUUGGUUUUGGUUUUGCUGGAUGUGUUGCGCAGAAACAGCCAGAAAGGAAGGAACUGCGGUGGUGGGAGGGUUGUGGCGGCGGAGAGUGGGGAGGAGAGACGGUAAUGUCUACGGGAGAGAGGGAGGAUGGAGGAGUUAGGGUUUUUGUUCUUUUUAUAUGGUAGGGUGAAUGAUUGGGUGUGGUAAGUUUUUACCCUUCCAAAAAUAUCCUUCCUUUAAUCUUAACCGUUAAUUUAAAAAAAAAAAAAGAGACAGGAGAGAGAGUAUCCAAGGGCUAUGAAGUGGGUUGUGAAUCUGACAACCCCCUUUGUCACCGUAUCCCAUCCCCUUUUGCACAGAGUGAGAGUAGAGUAGGGAGGAGAAUGGGAUGCGCCAUGAUUGAAGCCGCGUUUACCGUGACAGAACGAUGGCGCCAGUAGAGAGGAGGGGGGAAAAUGCUGUUCAGGUCACUGAAAUUAGAAAUCGUAGGCAAGUGUCACAUAGACAUAGGAUAGGGAGCUUAACCGUCGUCGUCUCUGUAAUGACAGGCGCCUGCUUUGACUAUGUUUGUCAUUUCUGUUUAACCUAACGGCAAAAGACAACGUUAAUAAUCUUUUUGCUUGCUUCUACGGCGGUUGUAGAUCCAGACAGACAGAGGAGUGAGGACAGAGUGGACAAACUCUCUCCUUUCUCGGCUUUUCCUUUCUCCUCUUAAAAGCAGCAGUUACAACAGCGUCUCUGGAUAUUUCUAGUCUCUAGUCUCUACUAUAAUUUUUUGUCCUCUGCCCAGAGAAGAGCGUUCUCAAGUCAGACAGAGACAGAGAGAGGGCAGGAACAGCAAUGGAGAAGAGGCUGCUGACAUUGGCGGCGGUGCUAUUCGCCCUGGUCGCGGUGGUGCCGGAAGUUUCUGCUACGAGAUGGACUGUUGGAUCCAAAAUGGGGUGGACUACUAAUGUCAACUACACUAUCUGGGCUCAGAAUAUCACGUUCUACAAUGGCGACUGGCUCUGUAAGUCCCCCUCUUUCUAAAUCUUCUCUAAUUUCUUAUUCUCGUUAAUUGAACUUCAGAUCGUUAUUACUUGACCUUCCGUAAAGCCAGUCCAAAGACUCUGCUGCAUACUUUCUGCUAAAAGAUUGUUGCCCAUUUCGGGAAUUCGCAUUUACAGAUCUGGGAAGUGUGAAUUGGAAAUUAAAGUUGAGGGCUUUUUCAGUAUUCAUGGCAUUUCCAUUUCAAAAGAAUUUUUUUUCACUUCCUUAGCCAAAUUUCAGAUCUGCAACUCCCCCUUAAACAUCAAUGUCUUGGUGCCCUUUUGGGAGCCUGAGGCAUAGCUGCCCUGGGUUCACAAAUUCUCUGACGAAUCCGUCGGAGCAAAGUAAUUCGGAUUUAUACCCUUGAUUGUGUAGCCAUCAGAGGGUUUUAUUGUGGGUUGUAUUGCUACUAUUACUAGCUAAUUCUUCUCUCGUGCACAGUGAAGCACGUCUUCUUCUUAAUUGGUCUUUCCGAUGGAAAGUUGAGUCCACAAUUAAGACUCUUUUGUGCUUGGUUUUGCAGUUUUUGUGUACGACAGGAACCAGAUGAACGUGCUGGAGGUGAACAAGACUGACUAUGAGAGCUGCAAUGCCGACCACCCGCUCAAGAACUGGACCAGAGGUGCUGGGAGAGAUGUGGUUCCACUCAACGUGACUCGACACUACUACUUCAUCAGCGGGAAAGGGUUCUGCUACGGAGGCAUGAAGCUUGCCGUUCGUGUCGAGAACCCACCUCCUCCACCAAAGGCUUCGCCCGUCAAGAGUGAUGCUCCUUCCUCAAUUCUCAACCGGCCCUAUGUUCUGCCUGCUGUUUUCGCCAUUGGGGCGAUGUGGGAUGCUUUUGUCCACCUCUGGUAGUGAAGUAAAUUUGUUCUUCUUUCUUAGCCAGUACCUACAUUGAGGAUGUAACAACACAACAACCACCACCAUCACUGAUGAAAUGGCGUUGGUGAAAUUUGAGCACUUCUCUCUGCAUUAUUUAAUUUGUUUACUUCAACCUUCUUUUUGUUACUUAUCUGGGUGGUGCUGUGUCUAGUGUUUAUUUAUGGUGUACACUGACGUGAAAGGCUGGAUCAUUGUUUUGUUGAUGUUCUAGUUGAGCUUGAAUACAGGGUAACUCUGGUU